AUGACUACCGAGAUCAGUAACGGUGAGGCCAAGGGCCAUCAUCUCUCCACGAUACCGUCCUCUAUCACCCUCUCUGCGGAGCAAUUCGAAAAGCUGUAUCUGUCCCCAAUGAUGCGCCAGCAGCCCAGCCUGGCUAGGAAAGUCGGCAAUCCAACUCCAUUGGCACUAGGGGGCUUUGUCAUUACCACUACCCCCCUCUCCUGCUGCCUGAUGGCCUGGAGGGGCUCGAGCGGUAACGGAAUUGCUUUCAUUGGGCCGAUUAUCUUCCUUGGCGGACUUCUACUGCUCAUCACGAGUAUCCUCGAGUUUAUCCUUGGAAAUACAUUCCCCUGUGUGGUGUUCGGAACUAUUGGCGGGUUCUGGUUUGCGUUCGCAGCUACAAUGAUUCCCUCAUUCAACGCAGCCGCACCGUACUCCUCGUCCGCGACUAGUACAACUGCCGGUCUCACGAGCGCUAGCUUUAUGAAUACAUACGCAUUCCUCUUCAUAACUAUGGCCGUUCUAAUGCUGAUCUUCCUGCUCUGCGCGACUCGCACCAACGUCGUCUACACGCUCAUCUUCCUGUCCCUGCUUCUUGUCUUCCUCCUCCUGUCCGCGGGCUACUGGCGACUCGGUGAAGGGGACGCUGCUGUCGGUGACAGAUGCAUCAAGGGCGCUGGAGCUUCACUGUUCGUCGCUAGUCUCCUUGGGUUCUACCUCCUCAUCGCUCAGCUUUUCGACGCGGUCGGUCUGCCGAUCACUCUACCUGUUGGGGACAUGGAACGAUUCUGGCCUCGUUCCCAGAAGUAA